CCCGGCUGGCGGCCCCUCGCGGCGGGCGGCCGGGCAUGUCCGCGGCGCAGGUGGCGGCGGCGCCCGCCGAGCGGCGGGGCUGGAAGGCUGAGGGCGGCGGCCCGGCGGGCGACCGGCCCCGGCAGCCGGAGCCCGGCUCGCCCCGCGGGGAGGAGGCCGCGGAGGAGGGCGGCCGGCGGCGGGCGGCGGUGGAAGCCCCGCCGCCCAAGGAGAACCCGUGGACGAGGCGCAGACCCACGCGGGAGAGCCCCUCUCCACCCGCGGCCGACGGGCAGCUCCACCCGCAGGACCCAGAACUAGAAAAUUCUACUAAAAUUAUAAAAGCGGCAAAACCCAGGACAAGGAAAUGCAGCAAGGCUGGUGAUUUUGGUGAUAUAGCAAACUGGCCAACACCAAGUGAAAUAGCAAACAAUGAAUGUAAGACACUAAGUCACAGUAAGAAGCCAACAAAUAAAAGAGAAAAGGAGGAGAAAUCUGAUCAAAAAAGCAAUAAUGGAAUCAGAGACAACCUGGAGGCAAAGCCAGAUGGUCCAGGAGAUAAUAUUAGCGAAGAUGAAGCUCAGAGUAAUAACCAAAGGAAAAAAGGUAACAAGCAGAAAUGGGUGCCACUUCACUUGGAUGAUGUAAGGUCAGACAGUCAAGAAAGACCAGGCUCUCGGACUAGCUCAAGAUUUCUGCUGGAAACAAACAAGUUAAUACCUCAUAACAACAGACGGAAUGAGACAAGAAAUUGGCGUCGUGAUAAAGAAAAGAGGGAUGAUCCUGAUGAAGUGUGCAGCGUGAGAAGUGAGGGUGGCGGUGUUCGAGGAUUCUCCAGAGGGCGAGGAAGAGGUAGAGGCAGAGGAAGAGGACGAGGCAGAGGAAACCCUAGAAUGAACUUUGAAUAUUCAGUUGGUUAUCAAGAACUGUAUGGUGAAGGAACUGACCAACUAUUUCAACCUGAGCUUAAUGCUAGUGUGAUGUAUUACUAUGGUGAUGGAACAGGUGUGCAGAUGUAUUCUGUGGAUGAAGCACUUCUUAAAGAAUAUAUAAAACAUCAAAUUGAAUAUUAUUUCAGCACAGAAAAUUUGGAGAGGGACUUCUUUCUGAGGAGAAAAAUGGACCAACAUGGAUUUCUGCCCAUUUCACUGAUUGCAAGCUUCCGUCGAAUGCAAGCUCUGACUACAAAUGCUGCACUCAUUUUGGAGGCUCUAAAGGACAGUACAGAAGUCGAAACUGUGGAUCAGAGGAUAAGAAAAAGGGUUGAUCCAGAGAAGUGGCCAAUUCCAGGUCCUCCUCCAUGCAAUCUGCCACCAACUGACUUUUCUCAGCUCAUCAAUUGUCCAGAAUUCAUACCAGGCCAAAUUUUUGACUCACAUACUGAGUCUGCACCAAGCUCUCCAAGACUGGGAAGCCCACUGAGUCCAAAGGAAAACACUGAAACGAGUAAUUUUCAGACAAUAUCUAAAGGAUUGUCUACAAGUUUGCCUGAUUUGGACUCUGAACCCUGGAUAGAAGUGAAGAAGAGGCAUCGUGCAUCCACAGUCAAACUAAAGGAAAGUGUUUCUAUGCCUGAUCAAACAUCAGUUCAACAACAGCCACCACCACCUCCAGAGGAACAAGAACAAGAAGAACUUGACUUUUUGUUUGAUGAAGAGAUGGAACAAAUUCAAGGUCGGAAGAGUAAAUUUACUGAUUGGUCAGACAGCGAUUCCGAUUAUGAAAUUAAUGAUCAGGACAUAAACAAGAUUUUAAUUGUAACACAGACACCACCAUAUAUGAGAAAACAUACUGGUGGAGAUCGUACUGGCAACCAUGUAUGCCGUGCAAAAAUUACAUCAGAGCUUGCUAAAGUUAUCAAUGAUGGCUUAUACUAUUAUGAACAGGAUUUGUGGAUGGAGCAGAGUGAAAAUGACACUAUGAUGAAGCAAGAGAUUGAGAACUUUAAGAAGCUAAAUCUCAUUAGUAAGGAAGAAUUUUAUAAUAUUGCACCAGAACCAAUUGCUCAUCCAACCCAAGAAGUUCCUCCAGGGUUACAGAAAGAUUUAGCAGAGGAGCUGGCUUGUGACUUGAUAAGUACUGAAGUACCUCCAACGGCAGCAAUAGCUCGAUCACUGCCCACAGCAGUUCCAGAUUCCCACUGUGUUCACCCUGGCUUCACCCCACGAACACCUCGCACCCCGAGGCUACAGGAUCCCAACAAAACACCCAGGUUCUACCCUGUUGUUAAAGAAGCACUAUCCAUUGAUGUAAAGACUGCAAGAAAAAGAAAAACACGACACAGUACAAAUCCUCCCUUAGAAUGCCACGUUGGUUGGGUAAUGGAUUCCAGAGACCACAGGCCAAGAACUUCUUCUGUGAGCAGUUCCAAUGCUUCACCUUCAGAAGGAGCUCCACUAGCAGGAGGUUACGGGUGUACCCCAAAUUCGCUUCCAAAAUUUCAGCACCCUUCUCAUGAACUGUUAAAGGAAAAUGGCUUUACUCAACAGGUGUACCACAAAUAUCGUCGAAGGUGUCUAAUGGAGAGGAAACGGUUGGGAAUUGGCCAGUCCCAAGAAAUGAACACACUUUUUCGUUUCUGGUCCUUCUUUCUGAGAGAUCACUUUAACAAGAAAAUGUAUGAAGAGUUCAAACAACUUGCUCUAGAUGAUGCAAAAGAACACUACAGGUAUGGAUUGGAAUGCUUGUUUAGAUUUUACAGCUAUGGCCUAGAAAAGAAAUUCAGGCAAGAAAUAUUCAAGGAUUUCCAAGAAGAAACAAAGAGAGACUAUGAAGCUGGUCAGCUAUAUGGACUGGAAAAAUUUUGGGCUUAUCUAAAAUACUCUCAGCACAAGACUCCAGCCGUUGACCUCAAACUGCAAGAAUACCUUAGUAAAUUUAAGAGACUGGAGGACUUCAGAGUGGAUCCUCCUAUUAGUGAAGAAUCUGUCAGGAAGAGACGGGUUGCUGCAACAGGUGAGGAUUCAGGUCAUCGCAGACAUCAGUCUAACCCUUCUAAAACACUUGUUGCUGCUAAGCCCACAGCUGCCUGUCAGUCCCUGGCACAGGGAAAUGUUACCACUGGGAAUACUGUGCGAGCAUCCGUAGGCCGAAACAAUGCUGCCACAAAAUUUAUAGAAAGUGAUGUACCAGAAAAAUAGACUUAAGGUGAGCUCAUGCCCUUGAGAAUCAACUUUACAUCAGUCUCUUAAUUUGGAGAUCUUCAAGGCCAGCCGGUCUAAUACAUGAUUAAAAACACAUAAGAAGACAACGGAUUGGAUUAUCUUUUUUUUUUCACAGGAUUUAGUUCCAAAACACUUACCCUAGGAGAGUUGCUCUUGGUUUUGGGAUCAUCGGAAGGAUCCUAGGGACGAUUCUUUGGCUUCACGAUUGCUUUCCUCAAGCUUUUGUUUACAGAGAACCGCAUUCCUUGCAUAUGCAAAAAAUACUUUGGGGAUGCCUUACAUUUCAGCUCGUAUUUCUUAAAAAAGGUAUGACAUACCCAUGUUAUUUACUGUGCUUUCUUUACCCAGAUUUUCCCAUUAUGUGUAUUUUACCAAAGCAAAAAAGAUCAUUAUAUGUAGAAUUUUUAAUAUAAAGGAAGGAUCUAUGUGAUUGGUUUGCUCUUGAAUCUAACUAUUAAAAAGUAUGGUUUUGUGCAAAAGCACACUCGAGAAUGUGCAGCUGUAUAUGAAACUGCAUUUCUGGAUUUUAUUUAAAGACAUAGUUUCUAUUUUUUUCAGGGUCUCCAUAGUUAGUAUUUUACUGAGUUUGAGUGGACAUAACUGGGAUAGCUUUGCUGAUAAUUUCCUUCAGUACUGGUUCUUAAUAACUCAAGCAACAGAAAAAUACAGGGGAAAAUGGAUCUGUUGAUUUCAUAGUGUCAUAAAUCGAUGUACAGUAUCUACAGUUUGUGCAGGUUGUUAAUAUAGGAAACUAUUCAAAUUA